UGAGAGGCCUUGGCAUUGGUCUGAGUGUCGCGGGCACAUUUUCGGUUUCUAGCAGUUCGUGGAGCUAAAUUUACGAGAUCUAAAUUAGCCAAAAGACUUUGCUAUCCUAAAAAACGCAUCCAUGAAGUAUUAAUAACUUUAAUCUGUUAGUUAAAUAACCAGGAAAUCAUGCCGUUUUUCCUAUAUUCCGUUUGGAUUUACAAGAAAAGUUACAGUAGCUGCUCUGUUGCUAAUCUUAGCUUAAAAACUGCUGUGCGUUCCUGAAGAGCAACAUUUACGUUUCUAUUGUUCCUGAAUAAAAGAUUCACAGCAGAAUCCGUCAGGGUUUAGAUGGCGGUGGCUCCUGCCUCAAUGGGAGAUGAGAUCAUAGUUCUGGAUGAAGACAACGAGGACAGCCCCCAGCCCUCUUUUUCCGCUACUACUCCCUCCUCUGAUCAUGGCUCCAGAAACGCCUUACCGCCCAAAGGUCAGCACUUGGUGGCCGUGCACGCCGCCAUGUCCCCAAGUCACCAAGUCUCAGGGAAGAAGGAAGCUCAGGGUCUUCUAGCUGAGAAUCAGAAACUGUUCUCUGAGUUUGUGGAGCAUUGCUCCGCUCAGACCAAGGAGUGCCCGGAGGUCCUGGAAUACCUGCAGCUGAAACACUCCAAGACGUGUCCAGAGUUUCUGUCCUCUGUGGAGUUCAGGAACACUCUGAAAGGAUGUCUAACUCGCGCUCAGAACAACCGCUCCAAAACCUUUGUCUUCAUCAAUGAACUGUGCACGGUGCUCAAACAGCACAGGGAUAAAAGGAGACUGACCCUCUCCAAGGCGGCGCCCUCUACCUCAACAUCAGCUUCUGUUCAGUCUACCUCCGUUCCCCCUAACAGUGAGAAGAGGAGUGACGAAGAGCAACCUUCUACUUCUGGAGUGCAGGAAGACAACAAAGAGCAAGAUCAAAAAGAGGAAAAAAGAGCUAAAAGGGCCUCAAGGAAACAGAUCGCGUACCUGGAGAAUCUCCUAAAGGUUUACAACGAUGAGAUCUUCCGUCUGCAGCAAACUGAGCUUAGCCUGAAUGACUUGGAAGCUGAAGACUCCAUCUACAUCCAGGAGCACAAGCUGAAGCGGAAGUUGAUGAAGAUCUAUGAAAAGCUGUGUGAACUGAAGGGCUGCAACACGUUAACGGGCCGAGCCAUUGAGGAGAGGAUCGAGUACAAAAGCACUCGAUACCCUGAGAUCAACAAGAGAAUCCAGCGCUUCAUCAACAGUCCCGAGGUGCAGAAGAACCCUCCGGAUUAUCAAGACAUCCUCCAGCAGGUUCUGCGGGCCAACGAGCGCCACAACCUGUGCUUGAGCAAGAGCCAUCUGAACCAGAUCGCUCAGGAGGCCUUCAGGGAGACGGGCGACCUCCUGCAGAGGCGCCGACUCAACGACAUGUUCUACAACUUUGGCUCUCACCUCACAGACAACUACAAACCCACUGCAGACCCCGCUCUGUCGGACUCGUCUCUGCAGCAGAAGCUGCGCUCCAACAGAGAGGUCGCCAUGUCCCGCCUGGAGGAAGUCAUCACCAAAUACGCCGUCAAGCAGGAAGACGUGGAGGAGCAGGAGAGGCUGAGACGGCAGGGCAAAGAUGUGGCAAACAAAGAAGUUAAGACAAAAGGGACAAACGGAGUGGUGGAGGAGGAGGAAGAAGAAGAAGAGGACGAUGAAGAGGAUGAAUCCUCAGACCCAGACAUUAAGGACGAGAUUGAAGCCAGCACUCAGCAGGAUGGACCAGAUGAUGAGGAAGAGGAGGAUGGAAACGAGGCUGAAAACGAAGGUGACAUCAAGGAGGAGCAGACCUACGACCAGUCGCCCGACAUGUUUGCAGAUGAAGAGGAGCCCAUCACAAAUGGAAGUCCUGCUUCGGAUGAAACAAAGUCUCAAAUCUCUCCGAUCUCUGACCUCUCCUUACCUCAAAGCCCCGCCCACUCAGAGCCCGCGCAGGCUGGCGACGAUCAAGCUUUAGUCAACGGGAACGCUGAUCAACCCCAGGAGCCCACAGGCUCCUCCCACAGCACAGAGGAGCCCUCAGGCCGCUGCUGGGUUUCCGGUGAGAAACCCUCAUCUGGGCAGCAAACCGUGGCUGUGGGAAAGCGGGACGCUCAGACGACCAACGGCACGGCGCCGCUUUCCAGUACCAGAGCAACACGGGCACAGAAGAGGAAGAGGGAGGAAACGACGCCGCAAAACCCCAAAAAGACAAACCUCAUAAUAAACCAUGACAGUGAGGCAGAUAUUCCUCUGGAUAUGGGCGUCUGCACUUCUCCACACCACGAAGAGUCUUUCAGAGCAGCAACUCCACCCAAAAGCCGGGGCAGGAGCUCUCCGUCUACACCCCCCCCCAAGAAGAAUAAGGUCAACGUGGCGACCCAGUGCGACCCCUUCGAGGUCAUCGUCCUCUCCGACUCGGAGUGAUGCCAGCUUUGAGAAAAACAUUGUUUUUUUCCGGAACCUUUCCCUCUCUGCAGCUGAAGAAGAUGACGGCGACUUCCUCCCUGCUGCUCUCUGGUGCUCUUCUGUCGUGGAUGCACUAACAUUUGGAGCUUUCAGACUGAUCGUCAAGUCACUUUGCGUGGCCUUGUCAGUGACUACUAUUCCCAGGGGGCCGGUCCAGAUGGAUCGCAUCAUCGACCACCCUCUCACACACAGAUUAAAAAGCCGUAAACCAGUUGAUUCAGUGGCUUCAGGUCAGAAUGUGUGUGUGUGAGUCAGCACAUGAAUGAUUUGUUAAUGUGCAGCUGUCCUGCUCUAUGAUUGAGUUCCUUAUGAUAUGGACUUCUCAAACACUUUGUUUUACUUGCUGUUGUUGAGUUUGAGUCGUGGUUUGUGCUGCUGCCCCGGUAGACAGCGAGGACAAACAACCCAUGCUAAGGAUCUUUAGUAACUUUUCAAUGGAUAAGACUCAAAAAAAGAAACAAAACUCCAUUUAAAAAAUAACACAUUUGAAUUUAACUGCAGUUGACAGACUAGGAAGCUAAAAUCAAUGAUCAAGCUUCCAAAAAGGAAAAAAAGAAGAAUUUUCUGACUUUUUUUUACAUUUGGAUGACGCGUUGACCAUUGUGACACUGCCCUCUGCUGGCCACUCUGCACAGCCAGGUUUCUACAUUCAAACUGAACCUAAAAGCUUUAUUUUCUGUUUGUUUGUCUCUUUGGUAUUCUAGGCUUCUAAAACAUUCCUGCAUUAAAAUGGCAGCAGUUAAAGAAAAUUCUGGUUGUUACAGUAUUACCUUUAAAGAAACAGCAGAAUAGAAAAAAAAUGUUUUUUUGCCAUGAAUACAAUGAAAACCCAUCAGUUCAUGCUGCAGGAAGAGUCAUCAUAAGGCAGAGUGGUCAGUUUGGUAAUGCUGGAGCAAAUGUAGCAUCGUUAAGGCUAAAAUCUCCUAAAAUAUUUGCUAAAUUGCAGCUUUUCUGUCCGUAGAGGCUUUGGUGGAUGAUGGACUUCCUUUCCAAUCCUUUCUUUUCAUGGAGUUUUAUAUGACGGGUGAAAUGAUAUUUUUUUGUUGGGGGGGGGGGGGGGGGGGUAAAGCUCUUCUAGGAGUUGUUGUAAUAUUUUGAACAGGAUUUAUCUUUUUUUGCUCAAGUUUCAUCUUUCACUGUGAAUUGAACACUUUGGUAUUGAAAUAAAAGACAUUUUUAUAAACAA